AUGGAAAUAAUGAAUAUGAGAACUCUUCUGUGUUUUGUGUUCUUCUUUUCAUGUUGUCUUCUUCAACAACAAGCCUUUGCAGCCAAAACGUCCUAUAUUGUUUAUCUCGGUGGUCAUUAUACCAAAUCAAGUGAGGAAGCUAUAGUGAAUUCUCACCAUGAACUCUUAGGAUCAGUCAUGAAAAGCAAGGAGAAGGCAAAAGAAGCAAUAUUUUACUCGUAUACAAAGGAAAUAAAUGGGUUUGCUGCAACCAUGGAGGAAGAUGAAGCAAAUGAGAUCUCAAAGCAUCCGAGUGUUUUAUUAGUGUUCAAAGAUAAACCUUUAAAGCUUCAGACAACUCAUUCUUGGGAUUUCAUUGGCCUCCCAAGCAAUGUCACUACUUCAUCAUCGUUGCCACCUACGGCGAGCUCAGGAGCUGAUAUAAUCAUUGGUCACAUUGACACCGGUGUUUGGCCUGAGUCAAAGAGCUUCAAUGAUGAUGGAAUGGGUCCAAUUCCAUCAAAAUGGAAGGGAAUUUGUCAGAAUCAGAACAUAACAAAUUUUUCAUGCAACAAGAAAUUGAUUGGAGCAAGGUACUUCGCUGCUGGUUUUCUCCAAGGCAACAAUUCAGUUAAUGACACUAAAAAUGGUCCCCGUGACACUGUCGGACAUGGCACCCACACACUCUCCACCUCUGGAGGGUCCAUAGUCACAAAUGUAAGCUAUUUCGGUUAUGCCAAUGGCACUGCAAGAGGUGGUGCACCCCAUGCCCGUGUUGCUAUGUACAGAGCGUGUUGGCGGAACCCUGUUUAUGCUAUUUGCCAUGACUCUGAUAUUCUUGCUGGAAUAGAUGCGGCAAUAGAUGAUGGUGUUGAUGUGCUUUCACUAUCGAUCGGUGGUGGACCGGAGCCUUAUUUUGUUGACACAGUCGCUAUUGGAUCCUUUCACGCAACCAACAAAGGCAUUGUUGUUGUUUGUUCAGCCGGAAACGAUGGACCAGAUGGGGCUAUCUCCAACGUUGCGCCAUGGAUUUUCACUGGAACUUCCUUAAGUAAUGGGCUUCCAAGCAAAGAUCUUUAUCCAAUAAUUAGUUCAAUUACUGCAUCUGUGUAUGGCGGCGAUGAUUGCUUCUCCUUAAUAGACAUGAAAGUCAAGGGAAAGAUUGUUGUAUGCAAUUCAAGCACCGUGUCUCCCAUCGACCAGGCAGUUAAUGUACAAAUUGCCGGUGGCGUCGGAAUGCCGGAUAUUAGCGCGCCGGGAGUUCAGAUACUUGCAGCAUUUGCAGGUGUUGGAACAUCGACAGGAGUUAAUACAGAUCCUUUGAGCCCUUUUGCCGUGUUAUCAGGCACAUCAAUGUCUGCCCCUCACAUUGCUGGUAUUUCUGCUCUACUCAAAAGCCAAUAUCCUACAUGGAGUCCUGCUAUGAUCAAAUCGGCAAUCAUGACAACAGCGACUAUCCACGAUAACACAGGGCAAUUAAUAGCCAUGGCUGAUCCAUCACUGACUCCUGCCACUCCAUUCAGUUAUGGAGCUGGGCAAGUGAAGGUUAAUGCUGUAAUGGAUCCUGGAUUGGUUUAUGAUCUCACUACUGAAGACUAUUUGAACUUUUUGUGUGCCAAUGAUUACAGUUUAAAGGAAUUGAGAGUGUUCAGUGAUAAUUACACAUGUCCAUCAACAAAGAUGCAAAUCGAAGACUUGAACUUACCUUCCAUCACCAUCCCUUAUCUAUUUGAUGGUAUCACGGUAACUCGAAAAUUGACCAAUGUAGGUCCACCAAGCAAGUACAACGUCUCCAUCGAUUUCCCGAAGAACAUAACACUUACGGUGAAUCCAACAGAGCUCAAUUUCGACAAGGUGGGUGAAGAGAAAGUUUUUCAGGUGUCAGUGACUGGAAACCAUGCCGGGCUGAAUAAACAUCAUUUCUUUGGAAGACUUAAAUGGUCUGAUGGGAAACAUUCAGUGGAAAUCCCUUUGGCCGUGAAGUCCUUAAUAUAA